AUGCUUAUCGGCAUCUGCGGAGGCAUUUGCUCGGGCAAAAAGACCGUCGCCCAAUAUCUCGUUGAGCACCACGGCUUCAACCACCUCUACCUGGAGCCACCCAAGGAGAAGCGCGCUUCGUCCAACGAGGAUGAGCAAACCCCGUCGUCUGAAUCUGCGAGCUCUCAGUCGUCCUCAUCUGCCGCGGCAUUCAGCGGUGCCUUGAACUUCAGUGCCCUCACCACCAAAAACGGCCGCCACUCUGCAUCUGAUACAUCACUGGCGCUGAGGCCACAGACACAACAGCAUACAUUUGCCUCACCUGAAGCGCUCCUCGACUUUGUCACUCUCCGCUGGCGAGGCCGCUUCGUGACAACUGACAUACCCACCGAGGCCGUGCUCGACGUCUUCGUGCGCCGCCCUUUCUUCCUCCUCUUGUCCAUUGACGCACCCCUCACCGUCCGGUGGCGGCGGUUCCAGCAGCGAGCCAAGGUGCCCGGAGAAUCAGACAUGCCCCUCGAAGACUUUGUCUCCCGCAGCGAUGCUCACUUAUACGACCCCCACGGCGGCUUCCAGCCCCUCAUCUCCCGCGCCACGGUCAGGCUGCUCAACACGUCGUCCUCGCUCGCCCACCUGUAUGCCACGCUGGGCAAGCUCGACAUCCCUAACCCUGAUCGCCUCCGCCCCGGCUGGGACACGUACUUUAUGGCCCUGGCGUCCCUGGCCGCCCAACGCUCCAACUGCAUGAAGCGUCGUGUCGGGUGCGUCCUCGUCGGAAGGGAGCGCCGUGUUAUCAGCACCGGCUACAAUGGCACGCCGCGGGGGAUCCGCAACUGCGCUGACGGAGGGUGCCCCCGCUGCAACGAGGGGAACAGUUCGGGCGUCGGCCUCGCCACCUGUUUGUGCAUACACGCCGAGGAGAACGCCCUCCUCGAAGCGGGUAGGGAGCGAAUCAGGGAUGGCUCCGUGCUCUACUGCGAUACGUGUCCGUGCUUGACUUGCAGCAUCAAGAUCUGUCAAGUGGGCAUCAGCGAGGUUGUGUACGCCCAUGGGUACAGCAUGGACAAGGAGGCGGCAGCUGUGUUUAGCCAAGCUGGCGUUAAGCUGCGGCAGUUUAUCCCGGUACGUUUUAUGCGAGGCCCCGUGUGCGUUUAUUAUUAA